CCCAGACUAGCCCGUGUAGCCUAGAGUAACUUUGUAUGAGUGCUUUCACCGGAGAGUCGGUGUAGCUGUGGAGGAGCACGAACUGGUUUUAGGCGGUGCGGGGCUUCGAACUCGCUCAAUAGCUGAGCUGGUGAUCGCGAGCGGGGGGCGGUCUGGGGGGCGCUGCACACCUGACCGCUCCCACCACCCGCUCAGUGGCCCCAGGGUGUGUGAGGAGGAAUCUUCCACUCAGGCGAGUCUCCGCCUCUCUCGCCCCUUGCCUGGACUCCUCUAUCCUCUACAGUGGACCUCCAACUCCAGGACCGGGACUUCUGGGCCAGACUCCAUGGCCAGGUCCCGGGCUUGCUGGACUGGGACAUGGGCAACGAGUGUUUCCUGUCCUUCACCACCUCGCACCUGCCCCUGUACACGCAGAAUCUUGCCAAAUACAGACUCCAAAUAGUUGAACCACCACCACUGCCUUUGGAAAAAAAACCCAAGCCUGAUAAAGAUGGUCCUGACAUUAAGCCCAAUCUGUGGAUGUGGGUGAACCCAAACAUUGUGUAUCCUCUCGGCAAGCUGGAGGUGGAGAAACUUAAAAAGAAGGACCUGCAAAGUGUGCUACCUUCCUGCCAUCCAGCCCGGAAGCGGGGAGAAGCCAGCUGCUCAAAAGCUUCGGGGGCACAGUCAUGGCUGCCUUCUUCCAGACAGCCGUCAUCUUGCAAGCGGAAGCAGAAGCAGAAACAGAAGCAUUCAGCCUCUUCCCCUAGCACCUGCAAGGAGCUUACAGACGAGGAGGAGGCCAAGGACCAGGAUGACAGCUCCUCUGUGGCUCUCCCAUCCCUUCCCACAAGGGCCCCCCUCCAGAGUCAGAGGAGGCUUCGACAAGCUGUCAGCCCAGAGGGGAGGCUCUGGUCCCGCCCCCCUCUCAAUUACUUCCAUCUAAUUGCCCUGGCACUCAGAAACAGUCCCUCCUGUGGCCUCAACGUACAGCAGAUCUACAGCUUCACUCGAGAACACUUCCCCUUUUUCCGGACAGCUCCAGAAGGCUGGAAGAAUACGAUCCGUCACAAUCUCUGUUUCCGAGACAGCUUUGAGAAAGUGCCGGUCAGUAUGCAGGGUGAGGCCAGCACACCACCUCGAUCCUGCCUCUGGAAGUUGACUGAGGAGGGACACCGCCGCUUUGCGGAGGAGGCCCGAACCUUGGCUUCCACACGGCUGGAAAGUAUCCAGCAGUGCAUGAGCCAGCCAGAUGUGAUGCCCUUCCUCUUUGACCUUCAAGAAGAACCAGACAUGCCUUAUUAAAUAGUUUCAUUUGGCCGCA